AUGAAGCAGCAACGCCAUGCACGGUGUUAUUCGUCAACAACAGAGGAAACCCUAACAUCAUCACUUCCCACUCUUCCUUUGGAUCUCAUUGUUGAAAUACUGUGUAGAUUACCGGUAAAGUUUCUUCUUCAAUUUCUAUCUGUAUGCAAGCUAUGGAAAUCUCUUAUAUCCGAUUCCAAAUUCGCUAACAAGCAUCUUCACCAAUCAACCACUCACAGAAUCAACUCCGUUUUCUACUCCUCUUUUCUACGCAGACACAUUUUUGAGUCUUACCCACUCGACUCCAUUUUCUCUAACAUAUACACUAAUGCCACACACUUUCACCUAGAUCAUCCUCCCAACAGUUUUGACGAAGAUUACCCUCUCGACGGUGCAUGUUCCAUUGUUGCAUCUUGCAAUGGUAUCGUUUGUCUUGCAUACUCUUACGAUGAUAGUUUUGUUCUAUUGUGGAAUCCUUCCAUUAGAAAAUUUAAAGAAUUGCCCUAUCCUGAAAACCUAAAAGUUCAUUUUAUCAUUACAACAUCAUAUGGCUUUGGCUAUGAUCAUGUUAAUGAUAAUUACAAGGUAGUAGUUGUUUUUCGGUAUUCUAUCAACAAAACUCAGGUGUUGGUUCAUACUGUUGGUACUAAGUUUUGGAAAAGUAUUCAAAAGUUUCCUUUUGGUUGUGUCCCUCUUGGGCGAUCAGGGACAUUCGUUAGUGGUACGAUUAAUUGGUUGCCUCUUAAGCAUGGGAGAGUUAAAUCUUUUAUUGUUUCUUUUGAUUUGAGAACGGAGUCUUAUAGAAAGAUUUUGCAGCCCGAUUACGGAGAGUUUGUGCCAGACGCAGAGGAGUUAUCCUUAGGUGUGUUGAGAGAAUGCUUGUGUCUAAUUUCUUAUAGUAAUGUUUGGAUUAUGAAGGAAUUUGGAAACAAAGGAUCUUGGACCAAGAUUUUCACUAAUACCUAUAACUCUUGUUUUGACUUGACUAAGGCGAUAUAUAUGUUUGACGAUGAUCAAGUCUUGCUUGAAGCUUCUUAUGGUCCGGACACCAAAAAAUUGAUUCUUCAUGAUCGAAAACCUGGGACUUUUAAGUUUAUUAAAUUUAAAAACGCGAGUACUCUUGAUUCAAGUCUUGAAGUCUGUGCUGAGAGUUUAAUAUCGCCUUGCUACACGUCAAAGAUAGGUGGACUCCAAAAAUUGAUAGACAGUGACUUCAAUUCAGGAUACUCCAUCAAAACUCAGCUUAUUGAGUUCCCUUUAGCCCAAGUUGGUCUCUCUGAGGGUGUUGAAAAUGUGAAAGAUGGAACCUACUCAGAAAUUCUUGGUAAAAUCAUUCCAAGGAUUUAUUUUUACUGUUCAAGCAUAUUCUCCAAUUGUGCUAGCUAUCUUGUCAGAAAGUAUAGACCUCAUGAUGAUUUAAUUUCUGAUACACACAAAUUUACUAUUCCUUAUUUGCCUCAUACCAUUAAGAUGACACCUUUGAUGCUAGCUGAUUGGAUUAGGACUAAGAAUUCAGCCACGGGCUAUUUCGGUGCAGUAUUUGAAUCAGAGAAAAGAAGCUGUGGAACAUUAUACAAUAGUUUUCAUGAACUUGAAAGUGAUUAUGAGAAACUUAAUAAAACUACAAUAGGAAUCAAAUCUUGGAGCGCGUAG